AUGCUCUCCUUACCCAUCAACAGCAUCCUCCUUGGACUCGCGCCAUCGAUACAUCUCUUUCGUCGCUUUCUUGAGGUUGCAAAUUCCUCCUAUCAGGUCUUUUUGCUGUUGGGUGUCUGGUGGACCGUUGUCAUUCUUGCCGAGCCGGUCUUCCGGUAUUGGUUGCCCAUUCUCUGUGCCGCCCUCCUGCUGCUAUUAUCAACACAGAAUGCCAGCCAACCUACUCUAGCCUCCGAAACAACCCUCCAGACCGCUGUUGCAGAUUUAACCGCCAUCGAGGCGCUUCUUCCUUCCCUUCCCUCAUUCCCUCCGACGAUCACCGAACCCGCCACACUUGUACGAGCCUGUGCUAUCCUCUAUAUCCCUUACCUCAUCUUGACGCUAUACUUAAUACGUCUUCGCGUUCUUGUUGCUAUCGUUGGCUCGGUCGUCUUGGCCUGGAGGGCACCAUGGGCUGUGAUGCUCCGCAAUUCGUUGUGGCGUAACGCCUGGAUACGUUGGACAGUAUACCACACAUCCGCCAUCUUAACUGGUCGCCCUUUGCCUCUUGCAGCUCAAUCCGCUAUUUCUACUUCGACCCUGAACUCUACAAAGUCCCUUCGCUUUCUUUUUACUGUCUACGAGAACCAGCGAUGGUGGUUGGGCCUCGAGUUUACUGCAGCCUUGCUUCCCGCAGAACGACCAUCUUGGUGUUCCAAGUCACAACAGGCCGUUGCACCUCCAAACGCCUUUGUUCUCCCUGAAGAUACUACGAUCUUCCUGCCGGAUAAGGAUGGAAAAGGACGUGUUAAACGACGAGCCACCUGGUCAUGGGAAGAAAACGAAUGGCGUGUAAUUGUCCGCCGCGAAGGCUCACCUUCAUUGACUCGCGUCGAGAGAGCCCUACCGAGCGACAAAGAAGAGAACCCGGGUCUCCUCAUGAAAGCAGCCGUCAAAAUGCGUGAAUCAAACAGCCAAUCCUCGCUGACUGAAGAGCCAGAAGGUGAAAAGCCCGCUGUUGAGGACCAAGAAGAGGAGGAAGAUUGGGUCACUGAUGAAGAUGGCUGGAUCUAUGGAGACAACAAAUGGGAAAAGCUGAGCGCGAAGGGUGGUAUGGGCAAGUAUACGCGGUUCAGACGUUGGACACGCGUGGCAGUGGUCACAGAGUCAAUUGAACCUGUUGCUGACGGUGAAGUCGAGCAGCGACCAACUGUCUCUGCCAGCCCUACGACAACCACACUAACAAUGUCUCCACCGGGAAGCCCAAUAAGGGAGGAGAGUCCCCUUCGCCAACGGCUUAAGAACGCGAUGCACAAAGCCACGAUAUAG